AUGCUGGUCAUCGUUAUGGGCAUGUGGCCCAGGCUGGCCGAGGAAUCUGGGGUCCGGAUCCGGAUCUGGUUUAGGGGGUUAGUUGCUAACGCACAGCCCCUGAGCCACGUGCUCAACUGGCCUCCCUUGUUCUGCAAAUGGUCGGACAUGAGGAGCUUCGUGUCUGUUUCGCAACCGCGCGUCCACUGCUACCUCCAGCCCCCUGUGGUCACGUGGCCUUGUCUUAACUCCUGCCGAGCUGUACCUGUCAGAAGUUGCGUUAAAGUAGUGCCAUCAUAUGCUGGCACUGGUUCGACCAGCCAGAAUCCAUGGCUGGCCGAAAGAGUGGUCUGGAGGCCAGCAACUGCGCGGUAUCUCAGUCCGAUAGGCUGA